AUGUCCGUGGCUUCGAACUCCAAAAGUGCCAAAAUACUCAUUUUGAAUCAACCAGGUCUUCCCACAAAGGAAUUAGGGAAUUUGGUAGAUCAUUGCUUCAACGUUGGCGAACUUCAGAAAAAAUUGGAAAAAUACAAUUCAUUUCUACGCACCAUAGCUUGUACAUCUGCACAACUAACUGAAUUAGCUCCAAUAUUAAGAAGAACACAGAUUGAUGCAUUGUAUAUUCUUAAUAUAGGAGAUGAAAUGAAAUGUUGGGAUGAACCAUGGUGGAACCGAACAACAGUCGUUUACACCGAAAGACAACUGAUGCGGCAUUUGUGCACGAAGAGUAUGCUGUGUUUUUACAAUGAAGGCCUUGAACACAAAAAACAAGGCGAUUUCGGUCUGGCUAAUAUAAGUUUUCUUGAUUCUAUUCGUGCAUUAGAUUAUUCUGCUAAAUUUAUAUAA